GAGCCCAGGCCGCUGCACGCCUCCGGAAACCGUUCCGGUCUGAACUGGCUGCCCCGCUUGCCCCAGCGUACAUGGUCCAUGGCCGCCCCUGGUUUUGUUUUCCCAUCCCGUGGUGUGCUCCUCUCGUCGUUCAACAACGGCCUUGAGCUGGUUCACCGACCCGCGCGUCCACCGGGCCCGCGACAAAGAGUUGUUGAAGUGUCGUGCGAAUAGGAGAUCGCCACUUCCGCAGCUUCAAGACGUGCCCGCUCCAAUCCCGGAUUGAAGCGGGACCAUCUGCGGCUGCCCACGCGGCCCAUCAUGAGGCUGGAACCCGACACCGCCUUCAUCGAUACCGCCGGCUGGACCGAGAACACCGCGCGGCGUGCCCGGUCGAGGAUUAUGUCGCAGGGCGUCUUACCUACGGAACGAGCGGCGGAGCCGCCGAUGCUCAUUGUCGGCGAGAUGGACUUCUCCUUCUCCCUCGCCGUGGCCGCUCUCAGGACCACCGGCUCGAAGCUCGUGGCCACGUCUUACCUGGAGGCCUUCGACAUGACCGAGGACCAGCAGAUACCCGAGGGCGACGCCGAGCGCGUGACCUACGAGCGGCGCUCGCUGCCGGCGAUGGACGGGGACCUGAAGGCUAACCUGAAGUCGCUUCGGGAUCG